GUUAUCGCUAUUUCGCGGAAUUUGGGUACUUCUGAAUGCCCUGGAAAGUGAUAUAGGGGGGCGGUGAUGCGUAUGUCCUGUGGUCAUGGCGUUCAAUGGGCUUGUGGUUGCUUCUUUAUAGAUAUCACUAGUUGCUGUUCUCGUUUUGGUGCAGUGGCGGAUAAGAUAAGGGAUAUGGAUAGAUUACUACUGAAUCAGGACAGGAAUCCGGGGACCACAAAAAGCCUUCAGGUCGGCGAGGUAGGGAAUCGGGGAUCGGGCUCAAGAUGACAUUCGUAUAGAGUCAUAUUAGCAUCUCGCCCGAGAAGAGAGAGAAACUUUUGUAAGAGUUUUCUACGUAUAAAAAGAGAAGACAUUCUAGAAAAAAGAAUUAAUAGACAUACGAUUCAGGUUAUUUGUAUGAGGUCAAAAAAGCUGCAUGAAUGAAAUAUACUCACCACUAUCGCAACAUCUACACAACGAACAGAGGAGGCACCAACAGCACAUGAUGGAACCAAUCAUCCAUCCCAUAUUCGAGAAACAAACCUCAACAUGGCAAUACAUCGUAGCCUGUCCAGAGACACACGAAGCCGUGAUCAUCGACCCAGUCCUCGACUUCGAUCCAUCCCAACUCACCGUGACUACGACCUCAGCCGAUGCGCUUCUUGAUUUCGCGGCCUCAAAAGGCUACCAUAUCACGCGAAUCCUCGAGACACACGCUCACGCCGACCAUCUCACCGCAGCCCACUACAUUCAGACCAAGCUUCAUCAACAGCGCUCAUCCUCUUCAUCAACAGAAUCAAAGACAAGUCCCAAAAAAGUCCCCAUCUGCACCGGCCACCGCAUCCGCCAAGUCCAAGCCACAUUCGCACAACGAUACAACAUCCCGCCCAACGACAUCGACACCGCAUUCGACCACCUCUUCCAAGAUGACGAGACCUUCCAAAUCGGACGUAUAACCGCCCAAGUCCUCCAUCUGCCCGGCCACACGCCCGAUCACAGUGGGUACAUGAUAGGCACCAAUGUAUUCACGGGAGACUCGAUCUUCAAUCCGGACGUGGGCAGUGCGCGGUGUGAUUUCCCGCAUGGAGAUGCUCGUGCCUUGUAUCAAACUAUGCGGAAGUUGUUGGCGCUACCGGAGCAUGUUAAACUAUAUACGGGGCAUGAUUAUCCACCUGCUGUGGAGGGGAGUGCUGCUACUACUACUACCUCUGUACGGGAGCCUAAGGCUUUUGUAACAGUUAAGGAUCAGAAAGAACGAAAUAAGCAUGUGAAGGAGGGGACGGGAGAAGAGGAGUUUGUGAAAUGGAGACAGGAGAGGGAUGCUGGGUUGGGCGAACCUCGUCUCUUGCAUCCUUCGUUGCAGGUUAACGUUCGGGGUGGAAGGAUGCCUUGGGGUGAUACGGGGAAUCGGCGGAGAGCGUUUCUUUGGAUGCCUGUGAAAGUUCCCGAGACUUUGGGGAAUAGGAGAGGUGUAUCUACUAUGACUACGUCGUCGGCGGCUAGGAUCGGGGGUAGUUCACAGGCUGUUCUGAGGUCUGUUGAUAGGUUAAGGAUGGUUAUGCGGAGGUUUGUAUAGAUUAGCUGUGUAUAGUAUGAUAGUAUUAAUUAGAUUAACUGGGC